AUGGGCAAGAGGAAAGGAGAGGACUCCAGCGAGGAUGAUCCUCUGCCCAAGAAGCACAAGAAGGAAAAGAAAGACAAGGAUGGUGCAGCAACCAAAGUAAAGAAAGACAGCAAAGAGAAAAAGGACAAAGACAAGAAGGAGAAGAAGGAGAAACAUAAGCAUGGGGAUGAUGAUGAGGAGAAGGCAAGACGAAAGGAACACAAGAAGGCGGAGAAAGAGAAAGAUCCAGCAAAGGAGAAGCACAAGAAGUUGGAGUCGGAGGAGCAUAGACCAGCACAGGCUCCGCCUGCUCCGGCAGAGCCCAAGAGGAUAGUUGGUCCACAGGCUUUCCCACCAGAGGCAGAGCCGAAGGACAAGAAGCAGAAGAAGGACAAGAAAGAUAAGAAAAGCAAAGCAGGUCCGGUGGCGACGCGGGAGGUGCAGCUCUGCUCUGCUAACGCCUUCAAAGACAGGUCGCGACCGUUCGGGAUGGAGCUAGAUGGCGCGCUAGUCGUGGACCUUGCGGACGGAGGUGCUGCCAUACCAGCGGGUGUUCAGAUCGGCUGGAGAGUACUGGAGGUAGAUGGCAAGCUUGUGCCAGAAGAUGACAUUGGCAAAGCUGCGGAGGCUGUUCGAAAAGCCGAAGAGAAGAUGGCAAACAAAAGUGGUAAGGCAUCCGUCCUUGUGAGCUUCAUCGCAGAGGAGCCAGACCACUGGAAGCAGGCUUCGAGGGCGCUAGCGGGCAAAGGACGCUGA